UCUGAUUCAAAUUUUCUGUGUUUAUUGCUAUAAUCUACGAUUGUGUACAGUACAAGUACAGUACAGAUUAUUAAAUAUUUUAAGUUGUAUCAAAUAAAAAAAAAAAGAAAUCAUUAAAAAUGUCAGGACGUGGUAAAGGUGGAAAAGUUAAAGGAAAAGCAAAAUCUCGUUCUAAUCGUGCUGGAUUACAAUUUCCAGUUGGUCGUAUCCAUCGUUUAUUAAGAAAAGGUAAUUAUGCCGAACGUGUUGGCGCUGGAGCUCCUGUUUAUUUAGCAGCUGUAAUGGAAUAUUUAGCUGCUGAAGUUCUUGAAUUGGCUGGUAAUGCUGCAAGAGAUAAUAAAAAAACCAGAAUUAUUCCAAGACAUCUUCAAUUAGCCAUCCGAAACGAUGAGGAAUUGAACAAAUUGUUGUCGGGUGUUACAAUUGCUCAAGGUGGUGUAUUACCAAACAUUCAAGCUGUAUUAUUACCAAAGAAAACUGAAAAGAAAGCCUAAAUAACCUCAACGAAAUUAACAAUUUUACUAUUUAAAACUAAAA